ACUUGCACUUAUAAUUUGAAUCGUUUUUUAUGCUUCAUGCCUUCAAAGUUCAACACAAAACAGAUGUACAAGAACCAAAUCCAUUCAAAUUUGAAAACAGACGACAAAUUACAAAUUAAAUUUCUUCCCUUUUGCCUUUUUGUGUCUUUUGCUUUUUCAGCAAACCUUCUAUAAUUCUUAUCAACUUUCAAUAUUUUCCAAUACCGAUAAUUUUGAAGCAAUCUUUGUUUCCGGAUUUCGAAUCACAAACGAAACAACAGAUGUAUCCGAAAGUGAAGGUGAGGCUACAUGAUCAACUAGAAGAUCAGUUUUCUCCACAAGAUGAUCACAGAAAGCUGCUGUUGGCAAACAUCCAUGCAGCGAAGGAGAUUAAAAGUUGUUCUUCACCAUUGCUUGCCAGAUUAACCAUGGAGGCUUAUGCACCUAAGUUACCCAGACAAUCAAUUUCUCCAUCCAAAGAGAACAGCAAAAAUCUUGGCAAGGCUACAACACCAGAUGCUAGAGCUUGCUUAGUCCUCCGUCCUCGCGCUGUGUUAUCGAGUCCUGAAAAUGAUGGGAUGAUUGGAAGCAUAAACAAGAUAGUCGAUCGUAAGAACUCACCGGCUAUCAAAGUGAAAAACCCUAAUACCUACCAUCAAAGUGAGAAACCCUAAUAUUGCUACCAGUUUUGCACAAAGGCCCCAUCAAGAAGCCAAGAAAGCUCCAAGUCAGGCGAAGAAGAAGGCAACUGCAACUGCAACUGCAAGGCCUGUGGCUAUGAACACGAACAAAGGCUCCAAUAUUAAAAAAAUUUUAACAGUAAUAAUGGUGAUGUGAAAAGUAAGUUUCAGAAACCCUUGGUGGGAAAACAGCAUGCAAGUCUUGGAACGUGGAAACCAAGUUUCACUUCAAGUUAAAUUUCGGUGUGCUAAAUGAUUUGUUUCUUUCAUCAUUUGAGCUUUGUUAAGGUGUGAUGUAUUUCACUUGUGAGAAUUUAUACAUACAGUUCUUCUCUUA